AUGUUUUUCUACAACCAAGCCACGGCGGUCAAUCUAAUUGAGACUAGCCAACUGCGCAGGAGAUAUUAUAGUGCACAAGUGUACGCGCAAACACAACAUGCACUCUCUAUUCCUGUCACUCUCAUACUCCGGUGGGACGACUGCUCGACACCACCGACAUGUCUCUGUGUUUAUAAUCUGUAUGUCUUUUUUAACUUGAUUCUUUGCCGUGUCGUUUCGGUGAAGACUACCAGUAUGAAGUACAAUAGGCUGGUAACUUCCUCCAGGAGGAAAAACAGGAAGAGGCAUUUUAGCGCCCCUUCUCACAUCAGAAGAGUUUUGAUGUCAUCUCCCCUUUCCAAGGAGUUGAGACAGAAAUUCAAUGUUAAGUCUAUGCCAAUCCGCAAAGACGACGAAGUUCAGGUUGUCCGUGGACAUUACAAAGGCCAGCAAGUUGGCAAAGUAGUCCAGGUUUACCGUAAGAAGUUUGUUGUCUACAUUGAGAGGAUCCAAAGGGAGAAGGCUAAUGGUGCCAGUGCGUAUGUUGGUAUCCACCCCUCAAAGUGUGUUAUUGUAAAACUAAAGAUGAACAAAGAUCGUAAAGCUAUCUUGGACAGGCGUGGUAAGGGCAGACUAGCUGCAUUUGGCGCUGGCAAGGGCAAGUACACAGAGGAGACCGCCACCGCAAUGGAAGCCUCG